GAAUAGAGUACUGGUUUGAUGGCUUUGUUUCACACGGACAUAUUUUUAUAACGCAACAAAAGCCCACAAAAGCAUGCAUGGGAGAAGAAAUGUAAGAAAAGGUCCAAUGUCUUGAACAGGUAACAAAUGUGGAUGAGCUGGUUCCUGAAAGGGACCACCUGUCUCUUGCAGGUGGCAGCCCGCAGCACCUCAAGGCUGCCUCCCCAAAGAUGCCUCUCUUCCUCCCUUGUCAGAAUCCUAACCAAGCCACACACCCCAAGAUUUGCUAUUCCWUCAUACUAUCCUCAGGGACAACUAUGGGGGAUGUCAUUGUCAAUCAGUUGUACCAGGAGCUACAAAAAGGAUACCAAGUCUAUCCUAGACUUUCCUGUCGACCCUAUUACAGUGACCGAUAUCAAACAAUAUCUACGCUCUAAAGACAUCCCAUUCCACGAUGGCUACAGCUGCUUGCACGCCCCCAGCAUGUUCCUGGACUCGGCUGUGGGUGUCCCUGCGGAUACAGGGAGGGAGAGCUUUACAAUGUUCAUUGACAAAACCACAGGCCAAUUUCUGUGCAAGGAGACCCUGGUGGAGGGGAGCUGGGAGGACCUGCAGGACUGCCUGGAGGUGAUGCAGAAGGAGGGCCAGGCCURCCUCAGCCCUCACGUGCUGCUGGGCUACCCCGAGAGCCAGGAGGAGCGGGAGGAGAAUGAACAGGAGCUCAGGGAGGUGCAGAGGAUCUGGUCCAGUGCCGUGCCCUUCUCAGACCUCCCUGACGAGGAGGCGCAGCUAGUCAAAACCAUGUUCCAGAUCAGCAAGAUCUCCAACGCCACGCUCAAAAAGUUUGCGGUGAGGUUAUUCAAGCCCACCAAGAGCCUGGUGUUCCCCUGGUUUGGUGGAAGGGACUCCAGCCUGCGAGGCGUCAAGCUGCUAUCCGCCCAGAGCAUGGAGGGCGGGACGGUGGCUUAUACCGAGGCCACGGUGCCCAAGGCUGGCUCCUACCACAACCUGUUUGGACUGCCUCUGGUGGGACGCAUGGACUCUGAGGUGGUGCUGACAGGCCAGGAGGUGGACACCCUGGCAGUGAGCCAGGCCACAGGCCUGCCCAGCGUGGCUUUGCCCCGGGGUGUUAACACCCUGCCCCCAGCUCUCCUGCCCUACCUGGAGCAGUUCAAGCGGGUCACCCUGUGGCUGGGAGGGGACAUGCGCUCCUGGGAGGCCUCCAAGAUCUURUCCAGAAAGCUGGGUCUUAAGCGCUGCUCCCUAGUGCGCCCGGGGGAGUUCCAGCCCUGUCCUCUGGAGGCCCUGUUCCAGGGCAGGAACCUGGCCCGCAUCGUCAAAUCCUCCAUCCCCGCCGCCCACAAGUCCAUUGUGUCGUUCAYGCAGCUCAGGGAGGACGUCUACGGGGAGCUUGCCAACACGGAACAGGUGGCUGGGGUGAAAUGGARCAGGUUUCCAGAGCUCAACAGGAUCAUGAAGGGUCAUCGCAAAGGGGAACUGACAGUCUUCACAGGACCCACGGGCAGCGGCAAGACCACCUUCAUCAGUGAGUUUGCCCUGGACCUGUGCAUGCAGGGCGUCAACACGCUGUGGGGCAGCUUUGAGAUCAACAACGUGCGCCUGGCCAAGAUCAUGCUGACCCAGUUCGCCAUGCAGAGGCUGGAGGAGAACCUGGACCAGUACGACUCGUGGGCCGACAGGUUCGAGGACCUGCCCCUCUAUUUCAUGACCUUCCAUGGGCAGCAGAACGUCAAAGCUGUGCUGGACACCAUGCAACACGCUGUCUACCUUUACGACAUCAGUCACGUGAUCAUUGACAACCUGCAGUUCAUGAUGGGCCAGGAGCACCUCUCUGUAGACAAGUUUGCCGUCCAGGACCACAUUAUCGGAGCUUUCAGGAAGUUUGCCACCAACAGCAGCUGUCACGUCACUCUGAUCAUUCACCCCAGGAAAGAGGAGGACGACAGAGAACUACAGACAGCGUCCAUCUUUGGAACAGCCAAGGCCAGCCAGGAGGCGGACAACGUGCUCAUCCUGCAGGAGAAGAAGCUGGUGACAUGCCCCGGCCGGAGGUCCCUCCAGGUGGCCAAGAACCGCUUCGACGGAGACGUGGGCAUUUUCCCUCUGGAGUUCAACAAGGCCUCGCUCACUUUCUCCGCCCCAGUCAAGGGCAAGCACAAGCUGAGAAAGGUCAAAGGUGACAAGGGGGAGGGGUCAGAUAAUGAGGAGUCUUUAGGAGAAACUCUAAAGAAGGAGGAGACAACGGUUAAAAAGGAGAAACUAGUGAAGUUGGAGAGGCCACCCAAAGCUACCAAAACUCCCAGAGCUGUUAAGAGUCCUGCAGCAGGGAAGGGCACACCAGAGGGCGAGGGGAAGAAACAGCCAUAGAGAAAAGACUUCACUCAUUGAUCUAAGCAAAGAACAUUGUCUCAGUGUAUAAUGAUUUGAAAUGACAGAAAGGUAUUGGGACUUAAUUUAUGGUACAGUAUCAUAAAAUGAAGGAAAAGGUAUUGCUUAAUAUUGAUGAUUUGUCACCUGAUUGGAAAAUGUGCUUACUUAUGUCACAGAAAGAUGGGAUGAAAGCUGUUAUCUAAAGGAGAAAAGAGCUAUGUAAAAUAACAUUAGUAUGAUAUGGAUGUUGGCAAUGAAUGACCAUUGAAGAGUACAGUAUUGGCACUUGAAGUAACUAUCCAGUGUUUCCAGAUUUCUAUGAAAUGAUUAUUAAUACUUACAAUAUGAGGGAAAUAGUUUUCCAAACAAAAAUUGUAAUUAAGUAUGUUGAAAAGCAGCUUUUUUGUGUUGGAAUGGUGUAGGCGUACCCCAACAACAGAAUGGUGUGGGGGUAUAAUGGUCAUAAGAUAUUCAUUCAAGUAGACCACUGAUUGGCCAGCUCAUCCUCCUCUAAACCACUGAUUGGCCAGCUCAUCCGCCUCAGGGAGAUGACAUCAUAUUCUAUGAGGAAAUAGCAAGCAUUUUGAAACUGUAUGUUUGAGAUAUAAGUUUGAGAUGGUUUUAUUUGUUUUUUUCUUCAAUUUAUGCAUUGGCCACAAAUACAAAUAUAGGACAAGUCAACAACCUUAUUUGCAUAUGAGUUAACAGAAUAUUAACUUUUAAAAGUGAUAUUUUCACUGGGCAGCUACUUUAAAAUAAUAGUUGAAAGAUAGUUGACUUACCGAAAUGAAGUUCUGACAGUUUUUAUAUUUCUACUACUGUACUGUUAUGUCUGCUUUUCCCCAUUUCAAAGGUGGUGAAAUUCCGUUAAGCUAAAUUCCGUUAAUCCAAACCCUUGACUGUCCAUGUUAUUAAACGUAUUGUUAUAUAGUAACAGUAUACUGUCAUAACAGGAGCUAGGACUUCUGAGGUACAGUAUUCCACAAGGAUAAGCGCCAUCACUGUACGUGGAUUGUUGCAGAAUGUGAAUGUUACCCUCUACUGAACACAGAUAUAGUGCUGCUGCUUGUUUGCCUCAUUAAAACGUCAAGCGCUCAUGUCAAA